AUGCGCGUCCUUGGAAAUCUUACUCUGACAAAUCUAGCAAUUUCCAAGUAUUAUGGAGAAAGCGCAUUUUUGCGUCCUCCUAACAAUGACAAGCUAUCAUUCGUUACAAUCUCCAAUUCAAAGUUUUCAUAUUUCACAGCUAAUUUGUAUGCAUCAUUCACGAAAAGGACACAACUAGAUGUAUAUAAAUCACAAUUCAAACGUUUUACCGAAACUCCUGUUUAUCUAAACGCAGAUUAUCCAAAUCAACCCACUGACUUUCAUAAUUAUGGCAUCCGAAACACCAGCAUUGCAACUUUCUACUAUAGCGCUUUCGUUGGUUGCCAGAGUAAUAGUGCCGGCAAUACAUGGAAUGACAAAUCUGGUGGCGCCGUUUAUUUCAACUCUGCUUCAUCGUCCGCUUCGUUCACACACUGCUCCUUCCAAUCAUGUUACUCAGCGCAGUACUGCGGCUCUCUAUUCGUUAACGCCGCCAAUGUCAUAUUUAAUUACAACUGUAUCAACAAUUCCAAGGCCACCAUUGGCGGAUCUACAUUCUAUUUCACACCAAACUCAGAUCUGUCACUUGUCGGUAACUCCAUUCUCAACUGUUCAAAACACAUCACAAACAUUAUUCGUUUUUCUACAUCGCAUCCAUUGACAUUAACUAACUGCAACGUAUCCAAAUAUGUUACAUCAGGACAGUCCUCUGGCUUUGAGGUCUACAAUUGCGCAGGAAACAACUUCAACAUGGCCUACAACUCAUUUGACACAAACACAGGAAGAUCCAUAAUAAACAUUGCAUUUUCAACAGACAAUGUCAUCAGAAACUGUGACUUUCUUAAUAACCAAGGCAUCGGAACAGCUGUUAUUUUGUAUCUUGCUCCUUCAUCAACAUCAGCAUUAACAAUAGAUAACUGUUAUUUCAGUGGAAACAGUGGAACACAGUCUGUUUCUAACCAAGGAACAAUUACAACAACAAAUGAAAGAACAUCAGAGAACAAAACAAUUGUUUCUUCAUUCUGCCACUAUGGAUUCACAUUCACUCCACAUGUUACACCAUUAAAUACUCCAUUCACAACUGCUGUUGAAACACCAGUUCUCACUCCAUUUGUAACUGCUGUUCAAACUCCUUAUGAAACUGUUUUCCAGACACAGCAACAAACUGCUUUCGAAACACCAUUUAUCACAAAUGAAGAAACACCUUUCAUUACAGUGUUUGAAACUCCUUUCAUCACUGCUCAUGAAACUCCAUUUAACACUGCACAUGAAACAGUUUUCCAGACUGCAUUUGAAACACCAUUUAUCACAGAACAUGAAACACCAUUUAACACUGCAGUCGAAACACCAUUUGUUACAGAACAACAAACACCAUUUAAUACUGCAUAUCAAACACCUUUGGGAACAGUUUUUGAGACACCAUUUAAUACUGCAGUUGAAACACCAUUUGACACUGUUUCUGAAACAGCUUUCCAGACAAUGUUUGAGACACCUUUCUCCACACAAGAUUUCACAAAGUUUGAAACACCAUAUGAAACAGCUUUCAUCACAGCAUUUGAAACUCCUUUCCAAACAGAAUCAGAAACACCAUUAGAAACAGUUGUUGAAACACCAUUUGGAACUGAAUCAGAAACACCAUUAGAAACAGUUGUUGAAACACCAUUUGGAACUGAAUCAGAAACACCAUAUGAAACAGCUUCAUUUACUCCUUAUGAAACAGCAGUUGAAACACCAUUCAACUCUCCAUUCUUAACAGAACAACAAACUGCUUUUGAAACACCUUUCUUGACUGAAUCAGAAACACCAUUAGAAACAGUCAUUGAAACACCAUUCUUAACAGAACAACAAACUCCAUUUGAAACUCCAUAUUUAACUGAAUCAGAAACAUUAGUUGAAACUGCUUUCGAAACACCUUUCUCCACUGCAAUCCAAACAGAAUCAGAAACUCCAUUUAUCACUGAACAAGAAACACCUUUAGAAACUGUCAUUGAAACUCCUUAUGAAACAGUUAAAGAAACAGCUUCUGAAACACCAGUAGAAACUGUUGUAGAAACACCAUUUGGAACUGCUUUUGAGACUCCUUAUUUAACAGAGAGUGAAACUCCAUUUGGAACAUUUUAUGAAACAGUUUUCCAGACACCAGUUCAAUCAUUUGAUGGAACUCCAUUUUUGACUCCUUUCGUAACUGUUUAUGAAACUCCCUUCUCAACAGCAAUAGAAACUGUUGUAGAAACAGUCAGUGAAACACCAUUUACAACACAGCAGCAAACAGCUGUUGAAACCCCAUUCAUUUCACCACUCCAAACUGUUGUAGAAACUCCAUUUUCUUCUGCAAUUUUCACUCAAAAAGAAACACCAUUUGAAACAGCUUUGGAAACACCAUAUUUAACAGAAUCAGAAACUCCAUUCUCUACAGCAGUUUUCACUCAAAAAGAAACUCCAUUUGAAACUGCAUCAGAAACCCUCAAAUUCACAGAAAGUGAGACACCAUUUGGAACUCCUUUCUCUACACAAAUGAUUACUAAUGAAAUGACUCCAUUUGGAACUGUUUUCGAAACUCCUUUCUUGACAUUUGUUGAGACACCAUUUACAUCUCCUGUUAUAACUGCUUUCGAAACUGUUGUUGAAACACCAUUUGGAACUGCUUUCGAAACAUUUUAUGAAACUCCAUUCCUUUCUCCAGAGAAAACAGCUGUUGAAACAGUUGUUGAAACUCCUUCUUCAACUCCAUUCAACACUUUCUAUGAAACAGUUUCAUCAACAAUUCAUGAAACAACAAUUGUUUCUCCAGCAACAACUCCACUUUCUACUCCUUCUGCAGUUAUUGUUUCACCAGAAAAUGGAGCAAAUAACUCUGCAGUAUCUUCUACAUUUGGAAAUGUUGAAUCAACAACCUCGAAGAAGAGUGGCAUCAACAUUGGAAUAAUUAUUGGAUGUGUCUUAGCUGCAAUUAUUAUUAUUUCUUUGAUUGUUGUUUUCUUUGUAAUGAGAAGAAACAAUAAGAAGAAUGGAAGUGAAGAAGAAUCUCUUUCUAGUUCUAUUGACCAUGCAAAGGAAGAAACAGUAAUUUCUACUGUAGAUACAUUGACUCCAACAAUGGAAGAAGAUGAUUUCGACGAUGAAGAAGAUCAGUGA